AUGUUUGUCAAGGAGGACCUCUGCGAUUCACCAGCUCAGCACCACGAUCAUCGCAGCACCACCUCAGCAGGUCAAAGAAACCAGCCACGACUCGAGGGUCACAAAGCCUCUGUGUGUCCAGUGCUCAGAGACAAGCUCACUGGUGCCUGCUGUGCACCUCGUGUGGAAGGUGAACGGUUUGUCACUCAUGGCUUGAAGGAGCGUGAAAGCAGUGACUCUGAGUGGCCAGCAGGAGCUGAUGGUUGUCAUCCACAAAAUGAUUUGUCCUUUAUAACUCCAAGUCCAAUGGAGGCUCUGAGUGGCUCCUGUUUGUGGAUCCCAUGCACCUAUAAAGUUUUACGUCUAAAUAAAGACAUAAACACUGCAGACCCUGUCACUGGCAUUUGGUUUAAAGGUUAUUAUGGGUACAGUACAGAUUCACAGUAUAAGUUUUCAGUCAGUGGAGACUCCAGUAAGUCUUAUCCCAUGAAUUUCACUGGGAACCUGAAAAACAAAAACUGCACCACAAUGUUUUAUAAUUUAAGCAAAAGCCACAAUGACAAAUAUUACUUCAGAGUAGAGAACAGUGGUUUUAAGGCCACAGCUGUUUGUGACUCUCUUCAAAUAAAAGUCAGAGACUCUCCCUGGAGCCCCACAAUAGAAGUCUCUGGUAAACAGACAGAGACAGAGGUGGUGACUAUAACCUGCUCAGCUGUCACUCCCUGUCCACACGCCCCUCCUCAGCUCACAUGGGACCUCCACCAAGGCACUGCCCACAUCACAGAGACCAGCGGGACAUUUACCACUAAAAUCACACACACACUCACACUGACGUCUUCUCAUGAUGGACACAACAUCACGUGUUCUGCUGCAUAUCCAGCGAAUGGAGGACACAAAAUGUCACAAACCACCAGAACUCUCAGUGUUACACUUCCAGGUGCAGAUGAGUCUGGACCCAGUGUUGUGACUUGGAUUGGCCCAUACAACAUAGUGAAGCUCUGUGGGAUUAUACUGCUCUACAGCUCCCUGCUCCUUCUGGAAUGCUGGUUUAGAUCAACUUGUGUCAAGAAACAGGAACAGAGCCCAGAGGCAGCAGCACAUGUCAAUCGUGUCAUUGAAAAUCAAGAUUGUGUGAAGAGUGAGGGAGCUGAUGGUUGUUUAUUUCAGACUGAUUUGUCCAUUAAAACUCCAAGUCCAAUGGAGGCUCUGAGUGGCUCCUGUUUGUGGAUCCCAUGCACCUAUAAACCUGUAAAUACAGAUAAAGACAUAAACACUGCAGACCCUGUCACUGGCAUUUGGUUUAAAGGUGGUCCUGGGUACAGUACAUAUUCACAGUAUACGUUUUCAGUCAGUGGAGACUCCAGUAAGUCUUAUCCCAUGAAUUUCACUGGGAACCUGAAAAACAAAAACUGCACCACAAUGUUUUAUAAUUUAAACAAAAGCCACGAUGACAAAUAUUACUUCAGAGUACAGAACAGUGGUUUUUCAGCCACAGCUGUUUGUGACUCUCUUCAAAUAAAAGUCAGAGACUCUCCCUGGAGCCCCACAAUAGAAGUCUCUGGUAAACAGACAGAGACAGAGGUGGUGACUAUAACCUGCUCAGCUGUCACUCCCUGUCCACACGCCCCUCCUCAGCUCACAUGGGACCUCCACCAAGGCACUGCCCACAUCACAGAGACCAGCGGGACAUUUACCACUAAAAUCACACAGAACAUCACUCUGACAGACGCCCAUGAUGGACUAAUGAUAAAGUGUAAUGCAGCGUAUCCUGUGAGUGGACGAUUCAAAAUGGCCGACAGUAAAGUGACUCUCAGUGUCUCAUAUGGUCCUAAAAACACCUCAGUGGAGGUCAGUCCGUCCGGUUCACUGUCAGCAGGUCAGUCAGUGACGCUGAGCUGCUCCAGCAGAGCCAAGCCUCCUGUCCACCACUUCACCUGGUUCAGACACAGCUCACAGGGACCAGCCAAUGUCAGCCAGGGACACACGUACAGCUUCAACCUCACUGAAGAGGGACAGUACUAUUGUGUGGCCUCAAAUACACUUGGAAACCAAUCAUCUCAAAACAUUACACUGAGUAUAACAGGUGAAGCAGGGGAUGUUACAAAAUGGCUUCCAGCGGUCAUUGUCCUCCUCGUUGCAUCGAUUAUUCUCAUUGUUCUGGUUUGGUAUUUUAAAUUUAGACGGACACAUUUGCAGCCAGCGCAGGUCCAAACCAUUGAAGAGGUUACACAACAGGAGCCAGCCCAAAGUGAAGAUAGUCUCCACUACGGAGCCGUGACAUUCAACUCAAAGACGCCUCCUGCCGUCAUCAGCAGCACACAGGAGGACACCGUGUACUCACAAGUCAAAACGUCCAACAUUAACAUCAGAGCGGCUGCAGAAAUGACCGAUAUAUACGCACAAGUUCAGAAAACAUAACUCAAAAUUCUGUGGUUUACCUGCACAGAACUUCUAAUGUACCUUGAAAAGAUUGUAGUUGGGUUUUACUUCUCCUUAAAGCUACUCUUUGUAACUUUUCUGGUGGGUUUGUGCCAAGAGCUUGUCUCCAUAUCGAUAAAAACACCUUGAAAAACUGUUAGCUUACUCUGGACAUAAGUUUAAUGCCAUACAGCGGAACAUUGCAGGCAAAGUAAGAACAUCUCCAUGGAGACAAAGAGAUGGUGAACUUCCCACAAGAAAAGUUACAUGCUCCUUUUUAAUGAGGUAAUAGGCUGAUGUUUGUGUUUGGAAAAGAACUAAAGCACAAAUACAAUGGCUAUAAAGAUUAAAGAUUAUAAAGCACCACAAACUGUAUGAAGAUAAAUAAAAUGUAUGUAAAGAACAGACAGGAAGCCGAGGUCACACAUGAUAUUUUUAUUCAUUUCACUGUAAAUAAAACUUUGGUAUACAGUUUGUAAAAAUAUCUAAUCUCAGUUGCAUUUAUUGGUCCAACAUUUUGUGUAAACAUCGCCUAAAAAUUAAACAAUCGAAUCACAAAUAUAAAAAAAUGGAAAGGUUAUCCAUCAUUAUCCAUCGUUUGGUGCUUUCAAAUACUUAAAUUCUGUCUCAUUUUGGAUCUUAAACUCAUAUAAACUUAAAAUAUCUGAUUGUAUAUAGCUCUAAAAUCACAUUGGUCUUUGGGCUUUAGCCAGUAAACAUUUGCAGCCUGUUCAUCACUGUCUUAAGGCACUUAAGGCCAGACUGGUGCAAAAAAUAUCAAGCUUAUCUGCUAUUAAAAACAGCACUGAUGGGAUUUGGUGAGAGCACAAAGGUCGGCCCGGCGGUUAUUGCAUUGAUAAUUAACAGUAGCUUCUCUUUACAUUCAACACUGGACGUUAUUAUAAUUAGAAAUCGACUGAAAUGGGUUUUUCGUUGACCGACGUUGAUGCCGAUUGCGUAGAAUCCACAGCAAACCCAUGUCCGUUCAGAUCUGCUGAUACUUUAGGGUCGAUAUGUAAAGCCGAUUUUGAUAUUUUGUAAAUUAAAUGUACUGAAAAGUCACCCACAGCUCCGUGUCACAUUCAGUGCAUUUGUCUUUGUCUUUUUGUAUUACAGUGUUAAUAUAAAGCUUUGUGUGUGUGUGUGUUUUUUAGGCAGCGCAUCUACCAAAACUAUAUCGGCCUGUGCUGGAGAUUUAAGACCGAUAUCUGAUACGCUAAACAGUCCAAAUAUCGGCCCGAUAUAUCGACCAACCAAUGUAACGGUCGAUCUCUAAUUAUAAUCCCACAUCAGACGAUCACUGUGUUUCCAGACGGUGCAAAAAGGAGCGUCUAUCAUCAAUCGAGUUUAGAAAAGUGUGACUAGUUUAGUUUAAAAGUGAAUUUAGUUU